UGACCGCCAUUAAAUGUGUUCUGUAAACGUUUUAUUUUUAAGAUCAGGAUGGUUUAAAUCCUCUGUGAUCCAACAUAGUGAAUAGGAACCUGUAUUUCUUUAGGCAUAGUUGUCGUCAGCCAUAGAGUAAAAAAGCCACAAGAGGGCGUGUUGGUGCAAUGGGAUGUCAAAAGUUUUUCAAAAGUGGACACUGCCCCGGGAAACUGGAGACUGUAGAAUGAGGUAAGGACAUAAGUAAUUAGGGACAGCCUCGGCGUGUAUAAACGUCACUUGCAGCGUUCAUGCUUUCACUGCACUUUGCAAGUACGGAAAUAACUUAUGAAGUCGCGCUCAAGAGUGCAUUGCUCUGUCCACCGUCCGGCUUCUCAUCUGUUGACUUCAGCAUCGUCUCCGAGUCCGUUCUGUCAUUGAGCCACACCGUUGACAGAGAAAACAUGUUCUAAUGACUGCACUCGGAAAAUAGACGUGACAAACAGGAAUAGAAUCUAUGCAUGUAAAUGAACAUCUAGGCUGUUCUCGUGCAAAUUUCUUAAACUCACACUGAACUACCUACAGUAUGGAGAAUAAGGCCAUGUACUUGAGUACCUAUCAGGACCGGGACAACGGCUCCUUCUACGAGGAGGCCUACGAUGGACACAACCUCUCCAAACUCAACCUAUGCGAAGAGUCCUGCUCUUCUAAGAGAAGAAAGGGAGAUAGCUGCUGUGGCCACCUCAACUCCCUGUCUGCCAUCAAAUAUGCCAUUGUUUCAUUGUACAUCCUGGUUCUCUUGAGCAUUCUUGGGCUGUGCAUAGCAGUGUCCAGGUCUCAAGUGUCGUCAGAGAAGCAGGAGGCCCUGAUGGAGAACAUGACCAGGUUGGGCGACCGCUCCCGUGACCUCCAGGAGUCCUUGGGCCAGCUUUCCUCGCAGAGUGACCUGCUGGAGAACAUCUGGAAGCUGGAGAACCUCUUCCAGAACCACACAGAGGCCCUGCAGCAGCUGAAUCUGGUUUUGCGGGGCCUGGAGCAGGACGUACGGGGCCUGCAGGACCACUCGCUUCAGAUGGACGACUCCGUGGAGCACCUCGGGCACCGGCUGGAGGGCCUGGGCUCGUCGGGCCCAAGGAACGGCAGCAGCAGCCUGGACGUUCAGCUGGCCCACGCCACCAGCUCCCUGCAGGCCCAGGACACCCUGCUGCGGGAGACAUCGCUGAGGGUGGACCGGCUGCGGGAGCGUGUGGAGGACGUGGGGUGGAUGGUGGGCGCGGUGAACCACACGUUCUCCGGCGAGGUGAGCGUCCAUCGCGCCAAGAUCCAUGACCUGCAGGUGCAGAUCAGCAACGUGACCCACGACACGCUGACCAUGAAGGUCAUGCAGGAGCACCUGGAAGAGCAGCUGAGGAACGAGAUUGAGAUCCUCAACGUCAUCACCGAGGACCUGAGGCUCAAGGACUGGGAGCAGUCGGUCGCCCUCAAGAACCUCACAUACAUAGAAGGACCUCCGGGACCAAAAGGGGAGAAGGGUGACGAUGGCACCCUGGGCCCAGUGGGUCCGCCUGGCCUGAGUGGAUUGAGAGGCGUUGCGGGAGAAAAGGGCAUCCAGGGUCUCCGGGGCCUGAAGGGAGCCAGCGGCCUGGACGGCGUCGACGGGCAGAAAGGGGAGACGGGGCCUGAAGGGCCUAAAGGUCAAAGGGGAGAGAGGGGGCCAAAGGGAGACAAGGGGGAGAGAGGCGACAGAGGAGGAGAGAAGACAGUGGAGCCAACACUGGUGAGGCUGGUGAAUGGAUCGGAUUCUCACGAGGGCCGGGUGGAGGUGUUUCACGAGGGGCGCUGGGGCACCGUGUGUGAUGAUGUCUGGGACAAGAAGGACGGGGACGUGGUGUGCAGGAUGAUGGGCUUCAGGGGAGCCAAAGAGAUCCACAAGACCGGCCGCUUUGGCCAGGGCAGCGGUCUGAUCUGGAUGGACGACGUGGCUUGCGUGGGCACUGAGGACACCAUUCACCAGUGCAAGUUCUCCGGCUGGGGCAGGACCAACUGUGGCCAUGUGGAAGAUGCAGGGGUGACGUGUAACACCUAAGAGCAUCCCCCCCCGCCUUCCCCAACCACCACCACUCAUUUCGCCUUGCUCCCCCCCUCCUACGUUUUUGGAAAGGCCAGAAUGAACUAACUUGUUAUGUGGCGAGAGCGUGACUUGACAGCCUGGGCGAGGUGCAUCAAAGCCGCCGCACUUCCUGGUCCGCGCCGCGCAAAUCGAUUUGACAGUUUCGAGAAAACAUGCCUCGCCUGGGGGCCCCGGCGGGGGCCUCUGGGUCAGCUAUUGUCUUUGUAGAGUUGGUGUCACCAUUGGCUGGCGCUACCAAAAAAAAAACCUGAAUCUCUUGCCAAGAAGAUCCGACCAAAAUAAUGGCCAGUAACAUACAGUGACCUGUUUGGGGCUAGAAGCAAAAGGUACAAAGGGAAAAGAGUGGGAACAAGUGUCGUGCAUGUCUAAUGGAUGUGGGCUUCAGAGAGCAGAUUCAAUAGUGUGUGUGUGUGUGUGUGUGUGUGUACGUGUGUCUGUGUGUGUGUGUGUGUGUAUGUGUGUGUGUGUGUGU